AUGGAUACAGAAUCCUGCAACAAGUUGUUUUCCGAGCACAAGGAAGAGAUCACUCUACUCUAUGUCAUCGACGAUCUGAAACUUAGCCAAGUCAAAGGUGAAAUGCAAGGAAAAUAUGCAUUCAAAGCCACCGACAAACAGUUGACCUCUAGGCUGACCAAGUACGGAAUUUUCAAAAACGUUCAGCGGAACGAAGCCAUCAGAGUUCUCGUGGAACUGCAAAGGCUCCAGGUCUUGGGAGGGAAUCAUACGUUGUUGGUUGUGGCCAACGGUGUUCUUCUACGCAUCAGCGAUACCGAAAGCUACUGCAAAAGGACCCGAGUCCCCAUUCCAGAUGGAAGUAUUGAAGACCAUGAGCUUCCCCAACCUAAACCUUCCGACGAAUGCUGUGGCUUACAAGUGUCCACUUCAACAAGAAUUUCGAUCAAGGAGAUUGGGCACCCGAUAAAAAAAGGCCUCUACAACCGCAGCAAUGCUGAUAUUUCGGACUUGACACAGCUCAGCCUACUCCACAACAAGAUCUCUCAUGCUACCAAACAAUUUCAGGAAGGAAAAACCACGCCCGGAUGGGCUCAGACUCGCCAAGCGUUCCUUCUGCUGGACCAGAUCGUGAAAACAAAGCAUCAUCGUCAGUUCUCUGACAUUCUCGGCAUUAUACGUAUGCUACAGAAGGAUGGUCCUAAGGUCCUACUCCAAGAAGUUCCGACCAUCCAAGGCCAACUCUGCAAUCAACUGCAUGAGUUGGCAGAAGAAGCAUUGGAAAGCGGCGACCCAAGGAGAGGCUUCUUCGAGACCCUGAAGGAGCUGCCAGAAGACGGGCAAGGAGACCCACAAGGGCACAUGGUCCUGGCUUUCGAUGCAUACUGUCGUGACUUGUGGAUGGCAAGAGUUCAGGGCGAUGAUAUUAAAGCCUAUUAUUCAUACAACCAGAGCAGCUUCCCUCGGGCAGACAGGGGUCGAUUUUACGAGAAAUUCGAGGGAAAGCACCGCGAGGAGAUUUUGGUCAUGCUCAGGGAGGUGGACAACAAGCUCGGCCGCUACUCAAUCCCGACAUUCUGCCUCUGGCACACUGCGCUCCAUUAUCUCUCCGUGGAGCGCAGGUUUUCAGAUGCUGAGACUAUCAGCUCCGAGCUGUUGAGGCGUGUGGCCGAAGUUGACGAGGUUUCGUACAGCAGCGGACAACUUAACUUUGACGUUUCGAGGACCUACCUGUUCCUAGGUGAUGCACAGCAAGAGCAGGGAAAGCUGUGGGAGGCCUUGGCUAACCUGGAGGUGUCAUUGAAUUUGCGUUGCCGCCCUGUUCCCGUUGGUGAAUGGGAUCCACUGUUGAACGCGAUCUUGGAAGCAUUGAUAUCUGUCGGAACAGCUCUCGGCGAAGACGAUCGUGUUGCAGUCUGGGAGCAGCACCAGGAUGCAAUAUCUUCUAGUCUGGAGCAGGUUGAUAAAAGAGAUCGAUAG